AUGGGUAUCGAUUUCAAAGUUUUCAAGGGUUCCCAAUCCGGGGAGAUCGUGGAGGCCAAGGGUCACCGUGAAGUAGGCCCGACACAAGCUCUAGUUGCGUUAUCACACUGUGGAGUUUGCGGAACUGAUUCUCAUUACCGGCAUGCCGACCAAGGACUGGGCCAUGAAGGCGUCGGCGUUAUCAAGGAGGUGGGAAGUCUGGUUGAGAAGCUCUCAGACUUGAGAGUCGGUGAUCGCGUUGGAAUGGGGUGGCUCCAAAGAACGUGCGGGUAUUGUAAAUUUUGCUUGACUGGUAGGCAGUUCAAGUGUCAGAACAGCGAACAAUUUGGGACCGCCAACUUGGACCAAGGUUGCUUUGGCACAGGUGUCGCUUGGGAUGUCAGCGCGCUCUUCAAGAUCCCAGACGAGAUCGCUUCCGAGUCCGCAGGGCCACUGAUGUGUGGUGGUGCCACUGUCUGGGGCCCGCUAUAUGAGCACGGGUUCAAAGCAGGUGAUCGCAUCGGGAUCAUCGGAAUCGGUGGACUCGGACAUCUGGCUAUUCAGUUUGCAUCGAAAAUGGGCAUGGAGGCCGUUGUCUUCUCUGGAACCGAGUCCAAGAAGGAAGAAGCAUUCCGAUUUGGCGCCAGAGAAUUCUACGCCACCAAGGGAGUCACAAAGUUCGAAGGAAUCGAGCCGGUCGACUGCUUGUUGAUCACGACUUCGGUGCUACCUGAUCUCUCACUAUAUCUUCCUGUGUUGGCGCCAUUUGCGAAAAUCUUCCCGCUCACCAUCAGCAUGGAUAACAUUCCAGUCCCGGUUUUGCCGUUUAUCAUAUACGGCUAUUCAAUAAUCGGUUCUGGGGGAGCUCACCCACAAUCCGUGCAGGCGAUGUUGAGAUUCGCGGCGGAACAUUCAGUCAAACCGGUCAUCGAAAAGUUUCCUAUGACACAGAAAGGCGUCACGGAUGCCAUGACGAAGCUGGACGAGGGGAGCGUAAGAUAUCGCGGAGUCCUUGAAGUCAUCCAUCAUGCCAUGAUCGCUCCAAAACCAUGGCUGGAAGAGCUUACACUGAACAAGCUACAUCGACUCGCAACAGCUCUGGGCACACCAUGCUCCGGAACAAAGCUUGCACGUAUAGAAGCCAUCCGUCACGCAACCUCCAACACUGUAAGAGAUGGAGACAGCAGAAGAAGGGUGCCCAACUUGAGUCUUCUGAGUAUAGACAUGGGUAUCAGGAAUCUGGCCUUUGCCCAUCUCACGGCCCCGAUUGAAGAGGCCACGCGGCCGCUGAAGCAUAUACAGUACAGCAUGCCAACACUGCAAGCAUGGCGUCGAAUAGCAGUGGCAGAGUCGUUGGAUACCACAAGCGGCCGCCCGUGCUCAGCAUUAGAGAAAUCCACAACCACGGCAGUCAACCCAGCUGAAGCAAGCAAAGAAUCAUUCGAGCCUAUUGACUACGCCAGGCACGCAUACCAUCUUGUCAAAUACAUGUUAGAGGCUUACCAACCCAAUCAUGUCUUGAUUGAGAGACAAAGAUUUCGCUCAGGUGGCCAAUCGGCGGUUCAAGAAUGGACCCUCAGGGUCGGCGUCUUUGAAGGCAUGCUUUAUUCCGUUCUGCGGACUCUGGUCGAGGAGCACAAACUGCAGCUAAGCAUAGAGCCAAUGCAGCCUCCCCGAGUCAACCGUUAUUGGCUUGAGGUAUCCCAGGGCUUGCUGGGCUCGAAAGAGAACAAGCUGGUUGGUCGCCAGAUAAAGAAAGCAAAAAUUGAUCUUGUUGGCCAUCUACUCCGUGACGGCAGCCUAGAUGUCUGUGUCGGAAAGGGCGUCCAGAAGACAGCGUCCGAUUAUGUAUCCCGCGUUAAUAAGGCUUCCCAACGCGGGCGAGCUGAUGCAACAAAAAUGUCAAAGCAAGAUGAUCUGGCCGACUCGCUCUUGCAGGGAUUGGCAUGGAUUCACUGGCAAAACAACCGAAGACGCAUCCAAGUUCUGGGGCGAGAUGCAGUUGAUAUGGCGUCUGGAGCCUUGUUAUGAGUGUCUG